CACUCAUUUUUAUUUUAUUGAAUAACUUUGUUUAUAAUUAAUAUUUACUAUUGAAACUUUACGGCUUUAAGUUACAGCAACAUUAACAUUUAAUGUAGAAAAAUCAAAAUAAAUUUAAUAUUGAAAAAAUAUUCACACUUCAACAUUCAACAUCGCAAUGUUUCUACAAUAUCUCCGCAAUAUUGCAUUGCAAUUUGCAACAUUACAACAUUGCUACAAUGUUGCUGUAAUGUUCUGUGCUGUAUGGAUACGUAGUGUCUUACGGAUGUUCUUGUGGGAAGGCUCUAAGGUUGCUGUACGUUAUAGAAAAUUAUAGGAAUAUAGAUCAAAGCAAAGAGAUGUCGAUAUUCCGCAAUUAUCAUAACGUGAGAAAUCCCGCUUGGAGCUGGACCGCGUGAUACGUCCAAUCGCAAGGCGCCAUAAACCUCCUUGCGUGGGAUAGGAAGCCUUUUGUAUGCUCUGUAUAAAAUUCGAACUUCACUUUGCUGUUGGGACCGUCGCCGUCAAGACAAGCCAUCAGAACAAUCUGCCUCGACAAGGAGCGUUUGUGUUGAUGUGCGAGAGUUGUGACACAUCGAGGAACAUGUGUAAAUAAUGCAGACAAAUAUCAAAGAAUAAUUACACUAAAAGCAACGUACUCUCAGACCGGACAAUAUUAUAAAAUGGAACGAGGAUAUCGUUGAUUAUUUACAGUGACACAUACAACGGAAAUGAGUGUUCGACUGAAUGCACAGAUAACUUGUUGCGUAACAUCAGGAAGAUAAAAAAAUUGGUGAAUAAAAAGAAAAUUGAGUGAGGAUCGCAAUUUUUCAAACACAUAGCAACUAUUUCUCUCCGAAAUAGCAAACAAAAGAAAAAUCGAAACACAAAGAAAUAAAAUUGAAUGCAAGAAAGCACGUGAAAUGGCGGUUUAAAAUUUAAACAAUUAAAGGAAUUUGUUUAAAUACGACUUAAAAUAAUAAUUCAGCAAGGAAAGUCUGAAGAAGUUCUAUUUGAAGAAGAGUAAAGAAGCUGCAUGUAUUAUUUGUGGACAAGUAAAUUAUAUCUUUAUUAAAAUAAAGUAUACGUAGAGAAAAACAACUUUAAAGUAUAAACUAGAGCAGCAGCUUUGAAAUGUAACUGCAAAGUAACCAAAAUUUUAAUCUGGAAGUGUCAAUUAAGAAUGUGACGUUGAAUUCAGAUGAGCGAUAGUAACAGAGAUAUAUAGUUUACAUUGAAUAAACGAAUUUUAGUUUUACACAACCAUGUCUAUGAUAAAGUUCGCUUUGCUCGGCCUGGUAUUAUGCUUGAUAAGAUCAUCAUCUGAAUGGCAACUGACGAAAUGUUGCCCACCAGGACAGAUCUUUGUAAAUAAGUUCACCAACUGUGAAUCAGUACCGUUAUUCGCGAUAGAGGUUUACGUUCACUAUUGGAACAUUACCAGAGAGUUCCAAGGAAUUCCUCAAUGCAACGAAUCUGAGGAUCUGGUGACAACGCCACUCGUCCAUUUCGAAUCUGUCACUAACUUAAAGGUGCCAGCUUGCCUUGAAUUAUUUUACAAGAUAGGGGAAAAAAAACCCAUAAUAAUAAUUCAUCACUGCCGAUCAAACAAGGAUCAACAAGUGAAAGCAAUUGACGCAUCCUUUCCGCAGCUUUUACACACCAGAAAAUGUUGCUCUGGCGAUACAAUAUUCGACAGCGACACAAAGACAUGUCUGACCAGGUUAAACGAAUCACAGAGUCUUGGAGCAUUUUUGCUAAAUAGAUCGAGUGACGCAGAAAGUGCAGUGAUACUCACUCAUGGUCCACCUAAAUGCCAAGGGCCGAUCGUAAACUAUGAAAUUCACGAAAACGAUAUCUUUCUACGGAACAAUACAUAUUCGGUGAUGAUUCCAGUGUCCAAAAAUAAUGUCAAAGAGGAACCCGUUACUGAGGAUAACGCUUGUCUCGAGAUGAUGCCGGAGUUUGCAGUUAAAAGAAAAUUGGUAGUCCGUAUCUGCAGAGAUCCGGAAUUCUGUGACACAAAUGCUUGUAUCAGAAAGUGCUGUGACGAAGAUACAUAUGCUUAUGACGAUUGCGGUAGAUAUCUCCGUUCUAAACCUAAUGAAGUGGGAGAAUUUUACAAUGCUCUUGCGAACGCCGUGAAUCAGACGAAUUCGUUCACUUUUGACACGACCGAAGACCACGGAGUUUUGAUUCAGCUGCCGUGUCAAAAUAUGUACAUUUACAAUCCAAAUAUAUGGGAAAAACAAGUGUUACUGACAUCAAAUGGACAUGUUUUUAUCCGAAAUUAUGAUACGAACGACAUGCACUGCUUCGAAGUCAAACAUAACAAUUUCGGCAACUCUAGUUUUGAUUUGUUUAUCUGUCCUGAAUUCCUAACUAGUGAGCAUCAUAAAAGCGCUGACUGGUGGUUCACCAUAUUGGUCAUCAAAUGUAUAUUUCUGCUGAUGACGUUGCUAGUGUACGCGUACUUACCGAAUCUGCAAAAUAUUCAUGGAAAAACGAUUAUAUGUUAUGUAAGCAGUAUCUUGCUGACUACCAUCCUCUCAUUCAUCAUCAAUUGGGACAGCAAAGUCGCAUUUGGGCGAAUAGGAAAGACAUCGUGCAAAGCUUUAGCUUACAUCGGGUUUUUUAGUUUUCAUGCGGUAUUUUUCUGGCUUAACGUCUUGUGCUUCGACAUAUGGCGGACUUUCGGAUCUAUACGUGAGAAUAUGAAUGUAAAGGACCGCAAGAAUACGAAACGGUUGCUGUUGUACUGUUUAUAUGGGUGGGGCAUGCCUUUCCUGAUGUCAAUCCUCAUUAUCGUUGUCGAUAACACGAAUUUACUACCAGGAUAUUUGACACCCGACAUUGGCAAUUUCUAUUGUGGCUUAAUAUAUAAAACCGAUUGGAACAACUACGGCGAUUUAAUAUUCGGUUAUGGACCGGUGACGAUUCAGCUAAUAUUCAACGUGGUGUUCUUCAUUUUCACGGCAAAAUAUUACAAUAAGGUAAAAGCGGACAUAAAAAAUGUAAAUAACGAUUCCAGAAGCAAACAAUUUAAUUCCAUUAAGGACAGAUUUAUCAUGAUCGUCAAAUUGUUCAUCAUUAUGGGAAUGCAAUAGCUAUUUGAUACAGCAACCUAUUUCCUCAACAAAUGUUUAGGUUACGAUAAUAAGUGGGAAAUAAUUUAUUACAUCGGCCUUGGCUUAGAUUGUCUUGAAGGUUUAUUGAUUUUCAUUAUUUUUGUUUUAAAAAAAAACGUGUAUCAAGCUAUUCGCAAACGUUUGCAAGAUAUAAAAUAAAAUCAACCUUCAACGUAACCACGUCGUUGUUUACUUAUACAGUUAGAAAAAGCGCGAUCAACUACGCGAUAUUUUUAUUUCAUUUACGCGACUUAUUCUUUAAAAAAGCGUCGAUAACUAGCUGUAUUGAGAAUUUGAGAGAUCGGAGAGAGAGAGUAACAAUUCAAAUAGGAAAACAGAUGGGUCAUUUCAGAAAUUCGGUUAAUCCCGUAAAGGAUGGGGUCAAGUAGCAAUACAACGAA